GUACACCAGUAUAGAAAACCACGGAAACCUCUGGACAUUCGCGGAUAUUUUGCGGAGUAGGAUAACGAAAGCCGGCGAAGCAUCGUAACUUUAGCUAGAUUUUCUGUAUUUAUUGUUGUUAUCCAGGUGGACAACCAUGGCAUCGGGAGGGGAAUCAAAGAAUGAUGACUUAGCCACUGCAAUUCUGAAACAGAAGAACAGACCCAACAGACUCAUUGUGGAUGAGUCUAUUAAUGAAGACAACAGUGUCGUGUCUCUCUCUCAGACCAAGAUGGAUGAGCUGCAGCUCUUCCGUGGCGACACAGUGCUGAUGAAGGGCAAAAAGAAACGUGAGACCGUGUGCAUUGUAUUAUCUGAUGAUACAUGCUCUGAUGAAAAGGUUAGAAUGAACAGGGUGGUCCGCAACAACUUGAGGGUCCGACUGGGUGAUGUCAUCAGCAUUCAACCAUGUCCUGAUGUAAAGUAUGGAAAGAGGAUCCAUGUCCUACCAAUAGAUGACACAGUCGAGGGAAUCACUGGCAACCUGUUUGAGGUUUAUCUCAAGCCAUACUUUCUGGAGGCUUACAGGCCCAUUCGCAAAGGUGAUAUGUUCCUGGUCCGAGGAGGCAUGCGUGCUGUGGAAUUCAAAGUGGUGGAAACUGAUCCUUCCCCCUACUGCAUCGUUGCUCCAGACACUGUCAUUCACUGUGAGGGUGAACCAAUCAGGAGAGAGGAUGAAGAGGAGUCUUUGAAUGAGGUUGGCUACGAUGACAUUGGUGGAGUAAGGAAGCAGCUGGCUCAGAUCAAAGAAAUGGUGGAGCUCCCGCUUAGGCACCCUGCACUUUUUAAGGCCAUAGGUGUCAAGCCCCCACGUGGAAUCCUUCUGUAUGGACCCCCUGGAACUGGAAAGACCCUGAUUGCCAGGGCUGUGGCCAAUGAAACAGGAGCCUUCUUCUUUCUGAUCAAUGGCCCUGAGAUAAUGAGCAAGCUGGCUGGAGAGAGCGAGAGUAAUUUAAGGAAAGCCUUUGAAGAAGCGGAGAAAAAUGCUCCUGCCAUCAUCUUCAUUGAUGAGCUUGAUGCUAUUGCUCCAAAGCGAGAGAAGACUCACGGAGAGGUGGAGAGGCGCAUUGUGUCGCAGCUACUGACUCUGAUGGAUGGCCUCAAACAGAGAGCUCAUGUCAUCGUCAUGGCCGCCACAAACAGACCGAACAGUAUCGACCCAGCUCUGAGGAGAUUUGGCCGUUUUGAUCGGGAAGUUGACAUUGGCAUUCCGGAUGCCACUGGCAGACUCGAGAUUCUCCAGAUUCACACCAAAAACAUGAAGCUGGCUGAUGAUGUGGACUUAGAACAGGUAGCCAAUGAGACCCAUGGUCACGUGGGUGCAGACCUGGCUGCCCUGUGCUCUGAGGCGGCACUGCAGGCUAUCAGAAAGAAGAUGGACCUGAUCGAUCUGGAGGACGAGACCAUUGAUGCGGAAGUCAUGAAUUCUCUCGCCGUCACCAUGGAUGACUUCAAGUGGGCCCUGAGCCAGAGCAACCCAUCAGCUCUCAGAGAGACCGUUGUUGAGGUUCCCAACAUUACUUGGGAGGAUAUCGGUGGUCUGGAAGAUGUCAAGAGAGAGCUGCAAGAGUUAGUACAGUACCCAGUGGAGCACCCAGACAAGUUCCUCAAGUUUGGCAUGACCCCAUCCAAGGGUGUGCUCUUCUAUGGGCCUCCUGGUUGCGGUAAAACACUGCUGGCCAAAGCUAUCGCCAAUGAGUGCCAGGCAAAUUUCAUCUCUAUCAAAGGACCAGAGUUGCUCACCAUGUGGUUUGGAGAGUCUGAGGCAAACGUCAGGGAGAUUUUCGAUAAGGCUCGUCAAGCAGCUCCCUGCGUUCUCUUCUUUGACGAGCUGGACUCCAUAGCGAAGGCUCGCGGCGGCAACGUGGGAGACGGUGGCGGAGCGGCCGACCGCGUCAUCAACCAGAUCCUGACAGAGAUGGACGGCAUGUCCAGCAAGAAGAACGUCUUCAUCAUUGGCGCCACAAACAGACCCGACAUCAUCGACCCCGCCAUCCUGAGACCCGGACGUCUGGAUCAGCUCAUCUACAUCCCCCUGCCUGACGAGAAGAGCCGAAUGAGCAUCCUCAAGGCCAACCUCCGCAAGAGUCCCAUCAGCAAGGAUGUGAACCUGGAUUACCUGGCGAAGAUGACCAAUGGCUUCUCUGGAGCUGACCUCACAGAGAUCUGCCAGCGGGCAUGUAAACUGGCCAUCAGGGAGAGCAUCGAGAACGAGAUCCGCAGAGAGAGGGAGAGGCAGACAAAUCCUUUAGCCAUGGAGGUGGAAGAGGAUGACCCCGUGCCUGAGAUUAGGAAGGACCAUUUUGAGGAGGCCAUGCGAUUCGCCCGCCGCUCCGUCAGCGACAAUGACAUCCGCAAAUACGAGAUGUUUGCACAGACGCUGCAGCAGAGUCGUGGCUUCGGCAGCUUUAGGUUCCCUAAUAGUACCACAGGUGGCAGUGGUCCAAGCCACAGCACAGGAGGAGGUGGCACAGGUCCUGUUUUCAAUGAAGAUAACGACGAUGACCUUUAUGGAUAAAUGUACACACUGCCCCACAGUGGUCAGCACAGGAAUGACACCUGUAAAAAUUCACCAGAUUCCAACUUUUUAGGACUUUGUGCUUCUUUCUUGUGUUCCUACGUUGUUUUUUUUUGUAUGAAUUCCCUUGGAGACAGCAUGUUGCCACUUGGCUUGCCCUGGCUUUAUUGUGGGUGGGGAGAAGGGUGAUGUCUGCAAAUGGAAGGUGAGUCCUGGAGCAUUUCCAGUGGGGAUGGGACGUUGAGUGGCCUCGUUUUCAGUAUACUAAGAUACAGUUAGUGGUGGGAUUCUAUGCUAGACCUUGAGAAAUGGAAAAAAAAAAAAAAAAUUGCUAAAUUUACUUUUUGUUUUUUAAAAUAAAACAGUAGCAUAUAAUGUUGUUAAAUUUGUCAAGGUUAUGUUGUUGAAAAUAAAAUCUCACAAGUGUUAUAAA